CCUGGAAUCCGGAAUCAGACUGAUCGUUAUCACACAUGGAUUAUGCUUUUAUCGCUGUUUUUUAUUUCUUUUUGCUCUAGAGGAAACUUUCCCUGCAACUGUUUUCAAGCAGACUAGCUCUCCAGUGUCCGAGCCAUGAUUUGCUUGUUAAGAUGGACUGCUUUCCUUUGGACUGUAAAUUCCAUUCCUGGCACUCUUGGAAUGGCAGUGACUGAACGAGCAGAUGACACAUGUCCGCCUCUGAGUGUAGAGGAAGAGAGGUUUUCUGAAGUUUUAGACCGGCCCCUCCAAAUCACAGGAUUUGAUCUCACAGAAAAGUUUCUCCUUCGAAAGGGAACAGUCUCAGAAGACCUUCCGUCAUUUCGUCUGGGAAGCAGUCCGCUCAUUAAACCAACGAAAUCAAUAUUUCCAAAUGGGCUUCCGAGUGAAUACUCCUUUGUCACCAUCCUGCGAGUGAGAAGAACUACAAAGAAAGACCGCUGGUAUCUUUGGCAGAUAUUUGACCUUUCAGGGGGCACUCAGGUGUCUGUUGUGGUUGAUGGCGGAAAGAAAGCGGUGGAGUUCUCUGCCCAGGGCCAACUGAAGAACCCUCUACGCUACACAUUUAAAAGCCGUGACCUACAUGCCCUCUUUGAUCGCCAGUGGCACAAGCUGAGCAUUUCUGUGCAGAGCAACAUCGUCUCCAUUUACAUGGACUGCAAGCUAAUAGAAAGGAGACUGACCGACGAGAGGGACGGCAUUGACCCCAGUGGGCGCACUCUCAUCACUACACGAGUGGAGGAUGGACGGCCUGUAGAUGUUGAAGUGAGGCAGAUUCUUAUCUACUGUGACCCUUACAUGGCUGAAAUGGAAAACUGCUGUGAGCUUCUGGAGCCCAAGUGUGAGACCACGAGGACGUUUAAUGGGACUUCCCCUCCCCUGGUUACAGCCCAGCUCCCCCAGAUGCUGUCUCAGCCGCCCAAACAGUCGAUUGACAGAUGUCACUGUCCAGCUGAAAAGGGAGAAGCUGGUCUUCCAGGUGUGAUGGGACAGCAAGGGGAUAAAGGAGACAAGGGGGACUCGGGGGAGGUCGGCCUUCAAGGAGAUCCAGGACACAAGGGGGAACUUGGAUCAGAAGGGCAAAGGGGGAUCGAUGGGGAGAAGGGUGUGAAAGGUGACCCAGGGCCACUCGGGCCAGUCGGUCCUAAAGGAAGCAAAGGUGACAUGGGUCUGCCUGGAGCUCCGGGGCUUCCUGCUGACAAAGACUGUUUCAAGGGUGACCAGGGCCUUCCAGGUGAAAAAGGAGAAAAGGGAUCUGCCGGGGUGCCAGGUCAGCCGGGGGAACCAGGCAAAGAGGGCAAAAGGGGACGAAGAGGAAAGACUGGGGAACCUGGACCCAGAGGACUUCCUGGUCCCCCGGCAACCUCCGAAGGAGCAAGUGUCAAGGGGGAGAAUGGCGAGUCCGGAGUCCCAGUGGAAAAGGGGGAGAAAGGAGACCCUGGUCAGUCAGGUGCUGAGGGGGGCAACGGGACGAAAGGAGAAAAAGGGGAUGUUGGCCCUCCUGGUCCUCCUGGUCCUGUGAUGACAGCUCACGGAUUGAGACUCUCUGGAACUGGCGAGAGAGGAGCUCAAGGACCGCAAGGCUUAAAGGGAAGCACGGGCCCGCCAGGUCUGAAGGGAGAUCUGGGUCCAGAGGGGAAGCAAGGCCUGCCUGGACUCCCAGGACUCCCAGGAGAGCCAGGCUCGCCGGGGGAGACGGGGUUGCCCGGGAGAGAUGGCCUGAGAGGAGAAAAGGGGGACUCUGGUGGAGUGAUGGGACUACAGGGACCUGCAGGUCCUAAGGGGGAGCCAGGAGAGCCAGCAGGUGGAUACAUGGGUGAUGGGUUGUCUCUAAGCAGAGGGUCUCGGGGUCCCAAGGGUGAGAGGGGCGUCCCAGGUCUGCCGGGAGACCACGGUGAAAAAGGUGAACCCGGGGAGGGGAUCGCCGGCCUGAUGGGCCCCAUGGGACCUUCAGGAAUGCCAGGAAGGGAGGGCCCACGCGGACCCCCAGGUUUAUCUGGCCCUCCUGGAGCUACAGGAAGAGAGGGCUCCCCCGGUAGACCAGGUCCCCCGGGUCCUGCUGGACCCCCAGGUGAACCAACGGCGCUGCCACUUGUUGGAGACAUGGGUGCCCUACUUAAGAACGCCUGCAGUUUGUGCCAGACGAGAGUCCCAGGGCUUCCCGGGCAGAAGGGAGAGAAGGGGUCCCCUGGAGCGCAGGGAGUGGAAGGCAUGGUGGGAGAAAAGGGGGAUCCAGGUGUAAGAGGUCCUACAGGUAAUCCUGGGAAAGAAGGCCCGAAGGGUGUGAAAGGCGAGCGAGGGUUCUCGGGUCCUGCAGGAGAAACAGGAGAUGAGGGGCCUGCAGGGGCACCAGGACUUCCAGGAGUGACCGGUCGAACAGGGGCCCCGGGGAUUAUGGGUAGACCUGGACCCAAGGGACAACUAGGAGGAAAAGGAGACAAAGGAAAUGACGGACCUCCGGGCAGACCAGGGCUUCCAGGCCCUCCGGGUGUUCCCUAUGUGGAAGGCAAUGGGAUGAGCAGUCUUUACAAGCUGCAGAGCGGUGGAGCUAUUUUAGGACCACCUGGAGCUCCUGGUGCUCCGGGUCCCAAAGGAGACGACGGACUUUCAGGGGACGCAGGGGCCAUGGGAUUACCGGGGCUUGAAGGUCUACCUGGUGCCAAGGGUGAUAUUGGUUUGCCCGGUCCGCCUGGGAUGUCAGGUCCUCCAGGGAAGCCCGGCACUCGUGGCGAGCCAGGGAUCCCAGGAGAGCCGGGUGAGAGGGGGCCGCUCGGAGAGACAGGAUUCCCCGGGCCCGAGGGACCCCAAGGUGUUGCUGGCAGACCGGGAAAAGAUGGAACUCCUGGAUACAAGGGAGCUUCAGGUAGAACCGGCGACAGAGGAUCCAAAGGAGAACGUGGUGAUCCAGGCAUUCCUGGAGAAAGAGGCGUUCAAGGCGAGAGGGGUCGCCAAGGAGAAAUUGGCCUUAUUGGACCGAUGGGACCAGAAGGCCACAAAGGCGAUCCUGGCCCUCCAGGACAGCUGGAGAGCACGAGCCUCCUGGGUGAUCCCGGCUUCAUGGAGGAACUCAAACUGUUUAUCAGAAGUGAAGUUUUGAGGGUAUUCGAAGAGAGACUAUCAGGCGCUGCCAUGCCACAGAAGAAGACCCACGCAGGCAUCUUAGCCUCACAAAUCCAAGGCCCUCCAGGACCUCCUGGCCAGAACGGAUUACCAGGCACUCCAGGAGAGCCUGGAACUCCGGGUCCUCAAGGAUACAGAGGUCAGAAAGGAGAAAGAGGGCAGCUUGGUCUGGGAUUACCAGGAGAUCCAGGACCCAUGGGGCCAUCAGGCCCCCCCGGGAUCCCUGCACAUGGUCCUCCUGGCUCCCCGGGGCCCCGCGGACCACCUGGGACAUGCAACCCCCUGGACUGCCUCCCUCCACCCCUAUGAGGCCAGCGGAGCGGGGUCAGGCUGCUUUCUCCGGAAGGCAGACGUCCAGCUCUGAGUUUGGUGCUGACAGACUCAAACCGACCUCCUUUCUUUUAUUUUUUGUUCACUUUUAUAACGACAACAUUUUGAUGCAGUCAGGUUUUAUUUUGUUAUCGUCUUCUGUUGUCGUUUCUUGUUUUGAAUGCAAAUAGGACGCCCUUACUUUUUUGUACACUCCAUUUAGUUAUUUCUUGUUUUCAAAUCCCCGACUGUGUGAUGUAAUGCAUUCCUUGUCAUCUUUCAUUUUGUCCUCCAAGACCAUGAAAUGACUUCGUUUCAUCCAUUCAGUUCUUCUUGAAAACACGAUCUUAAUUAUUUGAUUGCACCCUCAUUGGGCGUCUUUAUCCAUUUUUCUGUUCUUAGUCAGAUAAGCCAAUAUGCAGGCAGAAUUUACAUCUCAUCUGGGUGUGUGUGUGUGUGUGUGUGUGUGUGUGUGUGUGUGUGUGUGUGUGUGUGUGGGUGUGUGUGUAAGGGCGAGAUUAGCUGAAUGAACGUACAUGUUUUACUUAUUUAACGUGUGAAGAAGAAUAAUCAAACUUUUGAAACCAAAGUGCAUCAGAGGAGUCUGAUGUUGGAAUAAUUUAUUGAAGAAUGUAUUUAAAAGAUUAAGAUAGUUCUAUUAAUUCAAGUGUAUGUAGCAUCGGGUUGUCGCUAACUUUACUGAAAAAAGUGGAUACAUACUGUAUAUCUGGAUUUUACUUCAUGACAUUAUCACAUCAGCGUUGUGCAUGAUGCUCGGCUUUUAACGAGUCAGCAGUAUAACCAUUGAGUUAAAUUGUCUUCCUGCGUCCUUUAAGCCCGGCUCACACUGCAGGAGUUUUUAAAAUCCUUCCCGGUUUUGAAUUCGGUCGGCAUCACAUCACACACAGAUAUUCUCCUCCAUGAUCUCAAACAUGCAAACACUACAAGAUGUGAAAAUCUGGGCACAUACACAGACUACAGGAUUUCCUUAAGAUCACAUGACCUCACUUGACCUCACGUGACCUCAAGUGGCCGGCGGUUAAAUGUGUGAUUAUAAUGCUUUGUGCAGAGAGGGAAACACAUAACACAAAAAAAUAGUUUUUAAGCUUAGGGUGAAGAUAUGUCUGCGGAGACGCGGUGAGAGCUGGAGGUCAGAUUGUUACUAUGAGCGUCACAGAUUUCAAUUGCACCUGUGCAGGUUACCUCCUGCCGCCGGCCGCCACUCGUCCACUUAUUACCGUCCUCCCUCGUCUCUCUCGGUGAUUCUAGUCUCACACGACUUCAACCAAACUCUUUCAUGACGUGAUCGUCAAGAUUUUAUAUUCUGAAUAUCAAACGUGUUUGAAAUAAAUCAGGGCGUCCUCGCCGAUCACCGAGCAGAUCGGGACUUUAUGAUUGGCUCUUUGUACCGCUCACACUACGAGAUAAUCUGGGCAGAUAAUCGGGUCCGAGCAUCCUUGAGUCGGGAGCGACCCUGGGAUUGUCGGGAAGGAAGAAUCGGAGCUCAGGAUUAUCCUGCAGCGUGAGCCAGGCUUUUUGUUUGUGCAUCAGCACUGAGGGCGAGAUUUGCCAAAUAUUUUGUCAUAAAUAAAAAAAACAGUUUUUCUAAGACGCACUUACAUCAAGAGCAGAUUUUCCACAUGAAAGAAUGUAAUUUAAAGAUAAUUUGUGUUGUGUGCCGUGACCUUAGGUUAACCUUUACUCUAGGUUUGAUCUGUUAAGUUAUUUGAAGUGUAAUUCUGUCUGAUGGGGCGCUUAAUGGGACCUGACCACAUAAUUACAGUCGUCAUCGCCGGGUUCUCCGUUUGACUAUCUCUUCGUGCAUCGCUGCAAAUGUUUGAAUUUAAAUGUGUCUGAGAUUGCGAUGAUUCAUUUUCUGAUGUUUACAUGGUGUUGUGUAUGAUGAUUCCUCGGGGUUUAUUUGUAUAUUUCUGACUUUCAGCCACUCAUAGGAUAUCGGACUUUUACGCCAUGAUUUUAAACGUUUCAUUUUGGUGCAACAUGUCACUCAAACAUGUACUUGAACUUUCUUUUGGUUGUUUUUUACGUUAUCAUGGGAUACAUUACGGUUUCACUCGCUGACCAGCACUGUGUGUAUCCUCCACCGACUGUGUGUAUAUAAAGAUGGACGAUGCAACUCCACCUCCUUUACAAAAGUGAAGCCAAAAUACCCCCCCCCCCCCCCGAUGUUGCGCUGGCGACGUCCCUUUUUCAUUUUUAUCUUCAUUUUCAAAAUCUUCAGCAUGUCAUAGCAGUCAAUCAUACAAUCAGCUCACAUGUUGUAUCUACAGCAUGUAAUUCAUCUUCAGCAACAUCUUGAGCAUCGUUUCAUCGCUUCAAGCGUCUUCAAAUGCAGCAAUAUCGUCAUCAUUUCCAUCGUCAUAUUCAGCUUUUUCAGCAAUUUUUUAACAUCUCCAACACAGAAUUCAACAUUUUCCGCUUCCAUGCAUCUUCCUCACCUUUUGGUCACAUCUUCAGCAUCUUAUAUAUCUCCUCAUUUUUAGAUUCGUUUUCAGCAUAUCAGCAGUAACAUCAUGUCAUGUUUGCAAAUUGUCAGCAUUGCAGCUUUCUCAGAAAAGUGGGUUCAUCAUCUGCAGCAUAUUAACCAUUUUCAGAAACUUCUUGAGCACUUUCAGUACUGAUAGCAUCUUUAAUUUUCAGCUAUAUCUUCAUCAUUCCCAUCGUCAUCUUAAUUUUCAUCUUCCUUCAUCUUCGGUCACAUCUUAAUCAUCUUAUGUAUCUCCUCAUUUUCAUCUUCGUUUUCAGCAUCUUAAUGAUUUUCAGGAUGUCAUGGCAACUCUGUUUUCAGCAAGAAAAUGCAUUUUAUUCAAAUUGAAACUAAAUUUCUCAGAAACUUGGGUCAUAAAACAAGAUUCUAAAAAGUUAAUAUUCUGACCCAUGACCCUCACCUGUUUGCAUAGAGAAGGUGGGCUUCAUGACCUAUGCUGUAGGGGACACUCCAAAUGUUUUUGUCUCCACUUUCGGGGCGCUGUAGUGUCGUCCGUCUUUUUUAAAAAUAGUUCUGGUGUGUCUGUAUUCUUGGGUGUUUUUUGGGGGGCCGAAUCUUAAGACUGGAGUUGGAUUUUAUUUAUUUACUCUAAAGUUUAAUUUCAAUGAUCUCGACUCCUUUCAAAAGUUCUUGAGUCAACUUUAUUGAAACAGGCCAUUUGAUAUUCCUAAAGUUAAGAAGAGAUGUUUGACUGAGUACAAUUUGGCCAAAACUUCUUCAAGAGGAAGACGUCGAAAUCCUCGUUUUUCAAAGGUUGGAUUCAAUGUGAGGUUGUGUUCGAUGGGUUUUAGGAAGACGCUCCAUUUGUUGAUCCUCGAGAAAAACCAUGAGCUUCAUCAUCACCCUAAACAACGAACUUUAUCUAAAAAGAGAAAGAGAAAUAUAAUUGGCCUGCAGUGUAAAGAACUUCCAAGUUUCUUUUUGAGGGCUGUUUGACAAGAAUUUGACUCAAGGGCUUUAAUUUGACUUCUCCUCCUGUGAUCAAUGUUUGAAAUCUUUUGUGGGUGUUCCUGAUAUUUUGUGACAUGAAGAACUCUGUUCAAUCUGCGUUUCAUCUUUUUUUUUUUUUAGAUCUGCUAGACCCUUUUUUACUUUGUCUCACAUCAUCAUGCGUCUCUUAUACAUGUGAAUUAUAACUCCAAUCUUACUUUGAAGCUGCAGAACAUUUAAUUUUUUAUAUAUAUAUAUAUAUAUAUAUAUAUAUAUAUAUAUAUAUUUUUUUUUUUUUUUACUGGUGUGCAGUCUUGGUGUUUUUUCAGCUCGAACUUGAGAUGUGUGUUGAAUCAAACGUGUGCAGCCGACUUCAUUUGUGAGUUGAAAGAGCCCCCCUGCUGGACUUGUAUUUAUUCUCUCUGUUAUGUGAAUGGAAAACAAUCUUUCUUUGGGUUAUGGGCUUCAUAAAAAGAAAAAGAAAAACCUCCUUCUUUUGGCUUCUAUCCUUUCAUCGCACUAAUUUUCGUAUUCCGUUUAAUGGCUUCCCCUCCGAGACAAGAACGCUGACCUUGACCAAAUUCAAAUGAGACGAUAUCAGCAAACUAAUGCCGCCUUAACUUAUUUUCUUGCACAAUGAGAGCCACUCUCUCUCUCUGCAUGUAUUGAAUUUAGCUUGAAUUGAUAUUAAUGUGCCUCGGUUUGUGAUUUCCAUUUAGCUUAAGUGUGUGAUGAUAACCAAGGGAGGAAACAAAAAAGGGGGUGAUGAUGUUACAGCCCACUUCCCUGUGAUUUCAGUGCCAUUUCUCCGAGUUAAAAUCCAUUUAUUCUAAGUGAAAAAAAAUGUCAGAUUCAAACGAGCUCAAAGGAUGGAGGCGUUUUUAGGAUGAAGCAUCAUUUAAAAAGUUGCUGUUAUACAUCCCAAGACAGGCGAGAUCCACUUAGAAUAAUCACAUCAGCUUCAUUGUUGCUCAUUAUUUAACAGUAAUCUAAUCGUAUAAAUAAGCUUGUAAUGAGAGGGAACGCGGUUCAGCCUCUCAGCAUGGUCCCUGGGAUUAAAAAUGUCCGCCUGCUGCUCUCUCUGUAGCUCCUCUCCUCUCCUGAAUAAGCUUCCGUCAUGCUGAGUGACUUUAAUGUGUGGGUUAUUUUUUUUUGGUUUAAUAUCUACCUCAGUCUUGGUUCACCACAUGUCUACAUGAAAAAUCACAUCACUGCCUGUUGCCUUUUACAGAAAAGAAAAGCCUUAUGUGCAUUCAGAAAACAUAGAUCCAGGAUGUGUCACUCAGACUCUCUGUGAAGAGGCAAUGAUGUUCCUGUGUUUGAGGGAUGAUCCAGUGUGUGUGUGUGUGUGUGUGUGGUUUCCAGGAAUCAGAGGUUAUAUUUUACACUUUUUUUUUUUUGUUGCAGCAUCUUUCAUUUUCAAUGAUUCAUGGCACCUGCCUUACUCGUGUGCAAUAAAUGUUAUUCAGUGCUUUA